AUGAAUGUAUUUUUCUACAUUUUAAGCAGUGGAAGUAACAUUACUGUAGAUGAACAAAAUUUCAAUGAAGAGCAUACAUUUUGCGAAGAAUAUCAGUGGAAUGGGAUAAUUAUACCACGUACGUCAACUUGCAGUAAAGUUCAGAUUCCGUGUCCGGAUCCAAUAAAUACAAUUGGUACGUUAACUCAAAAAUGUAAUUGUGAAAGUAACGAAUGGGAAGGAGAACCAGACACUACUGGAUGUAUUCAUAAAUGGAUCAACGUGCUUAAUCAGUUGAUCGAGGAGGGAGAAUCAACGGAAUAUAUCGCUGGACAGUGGGCCCAUUUUUUACAAAAUACAACUCAGCAAGCAAUUUAUAGCGGUGAUAUUAUUAGCAGUAUUGAUAUUGCUGAGCAGUUAUUAUCAUUAGCAGAAAUGCAAUAUGCAGACUUGGAUGAUCAAAACAGACAAAAUGAAAAAGCCAUGGAAUUUGCAAAAGUGUUUGGUGAAGCAGGCAACGAAUUAUUAAGCAACAGUGCAGCAAAAGUUUGGAUGACUUUACCUGAUGAUAUUCGAGUUAUGAAGGCAUCAAAGUUACUCUUAGCACUACAACAAAGUGCUGUAAUGGUGGCUCAGUUUAUUAUUGAAAAGCAGAUGAAAAUUAACUUCAGUAAUUGGGCUUUCGAAGUGCGCGUGAAAAAACCAAUCCCUAUUACAGUUCAAUCUGAUUCUGUGAUCAUGAAUGAUCACAGUAAUUUUGACAUGAUUCCUAGACCACGUAGUUUGGCUUCUGUUUCAUCAAUUAAUAUGGAUACUUUAACAAGUGCUAACGAAAUUGAAGCUGAAAUCAACAAUGAAUCCGCUGAAAAUAUUACCUUCAGCUCAUUUUUAUACUCACCAAUACUUUCAAUGCCAUCGUUGAAAAUUUUGCAACAAUCUGCGCAGCCAACGCCUCAUCCAAAAACAUUGAACGAUUUUGGUAUAUUCGCACGUCCUCGAUCACGGCUUGUUUCACUAGACCAAAAUUCAUUUCAUAUCGGUUAUUACAUAUUUAAAUCAGUGGGAACAUUAUUAAACACCAAUGAAACCACAAUUAUCAACAGCCUCGUAAUUGGUGCUAGCAUGAACAAUCCAAUGAAUUUUAUUACUUUACCAAAAACUGAUCCAGUGACUUUCAAGUUUUAUCAUCUCAAUACCAAAGGUGUUAGUAAUCCUCGAUGUGUAUUUUGGGAUAUCACAAAGAACUUUUGGAGUCAAGAAGGCUGCACAACACUACGUAAAUUGAAUAACUCAACUGAUUGUUCUUGCAAUCAUUUAACUAGUUUUGCUAUUUUGAUGGACAUUGAUGGAUCGCAUGAUGCUGAUGAUCAAUCAGUUGCUAAUGAAGUUUUAAGUCUAAUAACUAUCAUCGGUUGUUCAUUUUCAGUUGCAUGUCUCUUGCUUACUUUAAUCACCUUCACAUGCUUCGAAUCCUUACAUAGCAUUCGACAUAAGAUUCACUGUAAUUUGUGCUUUUGUUUACUACUCGCAGAGUUAGUAUUUAUGAUUGGUAUUGAUCAAACGGAAAAUAAAAUUAUCUGUGGUGGAAUCGCUGUUUCACUUCAUUAUCUAUUUUUGGCAGCAUUUUGCUGGAUGCUACUAGAAGGAUAUCAUCUUUAUUUCAUGCUUGUUCAAGUUUUUGAGAAUAAAAUAAAACCUGUUCUUUGCUACAUUUAUGCAUAUGGUUUUCCUGCAGUGAUCGUUGCUAUUACCACUGCAACAGCUUGGUCAAACUACGGUACCGAUUCCUAUUGUUGGUUGGAUGUGAAAACGUUAACAAUAUGGGCUUUUGCUGGACCAGUUGCAGCUGUUAUUAUAUCUAACAUAGUGGUUCUUGGUGUGGCACUUAGAGUCGUACUUUCGAUUCGUAGUCGAGAUCGAAGUCGAACAGAACAAAUGUUGGGUUGGUUGAAAGGUUCGGUAACCUUACUUUGUUUGCUUGGGAUCACCUGGACGUUUGGUUAUUUGAUGAUUAUUGAAGCAACAAAAACGCUUUUUGCAUUUAUUUUCACCGUACUCAAUUGCUUACAGGGUGCAUUUAUCUUUAUUAUUCAUGUUAUUUUGAAUGAAAAAGUGCGCAUCACGUUGUUACGUUUUUUACGGGUAAAAAUGUGUUGGAAAUUAGAGUCAGGUCCUCCUACUAAUCCAGACAUGGUAAAUAGCUGCCAGAAACUUAUUCAUAUGUGGAAAAAGGGUUAUUUUUCAUGUGAAUGCCCAAAAAUGUUCACGGAAAACUCUGAUUCGAAAAUUAAAGAAAAUAAAGAACAAGUAUUUCUCGAUGGCACCAGAUCUAAACUAAAUGGAACAGAAAGUCCAACAACAAUGAUAACAUAUUUAAAUUGGAAAACCAAAGUAAAGAGUGAAUGUGGCAGUACUGGAUUAGAUGAUUCUAGGAAUUUCGAUUGCGAACCAAAAGAUGCCAAUACAAUUCCAAUUGAUAUUGAAAUGAUUAGUAAUAAAUCUUUGAGUCAGUCUGAUUCUCAAUCGCGAGAAAAGCCUGCUCAAAUAAGUGAAACCAGUGAGAAUGAUGCUACAAAUAAUGUAAAAGAACAAAUUCAGUCUCCUACAACUUCAAUAAUUGUUGAAAGAUUUUGA